CAUUCUGAUGACGUCACUCGCAGAGUUGUCAUGGCGUCUUUGGGACCGAAGCUACUGCUGCAAUUUAGCUAAAAUCUGUCGACAGCCUGUAAAUCGAAAUGGAGAAAAAUGCAAACCUGCAUCGAGACACUGACGGGAGUUCUUUGUGUGCCACGAUCGCGGGAGAAAUGGGCGACGUUACGGCUGUCGACGUAGUGAAAGGAACAGCCGACAAAUGCAAGAAUAGUGAGGCUCCUCUCAGUACUUUGGUUAACGUUAGUUGUAAUAUAGGCACCACAAAUGUUGGUGCUCCCAGCGAUGGUAAUGUCAUCUCCACUACUGGGAAGUCUGACGCGGCAGAAGUGGUCGAAGUGCUCCCGGUGCAUGAGGAGAAGAAGAAAGACACCGAGGCGAGUGGAUCGUGGACGGGCUCCGGGGAUCAGAUCAGUAACGGGAUGGGGCAUGACUCGCUGCUGGCUGCAGGAGAGAGCCUGGGUGGUGCCUCAAAGUUAGUAAACAACAAAGCCGACGGGCCGUCCUCACCUCCAGCUAAAGGGAGCACAGAGGGGCAGGGUGAGGGCUUAGUAUGUGGAGAAAGUGAACCCACGAAACUUGCAAAACCGACUCAUCUGUGUCCAGACAAUGCAAUCACGGCUAAUGUCAAGUCGGGGCUGUCCAGCGAUCACACCUUAUCGGAGGGAUUACCGAGUGGGAGUGACCCUGAUCCCAGCCUCGGUGGAGAGUCUCGAAGCAUAGAUUCCCUCGAGUCCUUCUCCAAUCUCAACUCGUGCCCCAGCUCCGACCUGAACAGCGAGGGGCUUGAGGACAGAGGACUGGCCUUGGCCCUGCAAAGCGAGUACGGGGCUGAUGGGACAAAGACUGUGUGCGUUAAGGACCGGGCCGCCGGUCAGUCCAUAUACCACAUUAAGUGGAUCAAAUGGAGGGAGGAGAAUACCCCGAUCAUAACCCAGAACGAGAAUGGCCCUUGUCCAUUACUGGCAAUUAUGAAUGUCCUUCUACUUGCUUGGAAGGUUAAGAUGCCACCUAUGAUGGAAAUUAUAACUGCCGAGCAACUGAUGGAGUAUCUGGGUGACUACAUCCUGGAAACUAAACCUAAAGAGAUCUCAGAGGCUCAGCGGCUCAACUACGAGCAGAACAUGAGUGAUGCCAUGGCCGUGCUACACAAGCUGCAGACGGGUCUGGAUGUGAACGUGAAGUUCACGGGGGUGCGUGUCUUUGAGUACACCCCAGAAUGCAUUGUGUUCGAUCUGCUGGACAUCCCUCUUUACCAUGGCUGGCUGGUCGAUCCCCAGAUGCAUGACAUUGUCAAGGCAGUGGGCAACUGCAGCUACAACCAGCUGGUGGAGAAGAUAAUAUCCUGCAAGCAGUCAGACAACAGCGAGCUGGCAGGGGAAGGCAUCGUAGCAGAGCAGUUCCUGAACAGCACAGCCACUCAGCUGACUUACCACGGCUUAUGUGAGCUCACGUCCACCGUACAGGAGGGAGAGCUCUGCGUCUUUUUCAGGAAUAACCAUUUCAGCACCAUGAUCAAAUAUAAGGGCCAGCUGUACCUCCUGGUUACAGACCAAGGUUUCCUGACAGAGGAGAAGGUCGUCUGGGAGAGUCUUCACAACGUCGACGGAGAUGGCAACUUCUGUGAUUCGGAGUUCAGGUUGCGGCCACCUUCCGAUCCGGAGACCGUGUACCGCGGCCAGCAGGAUCAGAUAGACCAGGACUAUCUGAUGGCGCUGUCACUGCAGCAGGAGCAGCAAAGCCAGGACCUUCAGUGGGAGCAACUCCCCGAAGGCAUCAGUGACCUGGAGCUGGCGAAAAAGCUCCAGGAGGAGGAGGACCGGCGGGCCUCGCAGUACUACCAGGAGCAGGAGCAGGAGCAGGCACAGGCACAGCAGGGCCAGCAGGAGCCUGCGGAGGGAAGCGAGGCGGACAGAGGAGGCGCAGGAGCAGGUGGAGCGGCAGCUGGCGCGGGGACGGCGGCGUCAGCCGGCGCCACGCCCAGCCCGGGGAAGCACUCGGCUAGCGGGGAGCGCAAGGCCAAGAAAGAAUCUAAGGAUAAAGACAAAUGUGUUAUUUUGUAACAUACAGUCUGCGUGCGUGUGUUGAGUGUUUUGUGCAUUUGCUUAAUCUGUGAGAGAGGGGACGACCUUUGUCGCUCCGCGGAACGGACAGACGACGCGCAGCCCCCACUCGAUGACAAACAAGGGAAGGAGGUGAUCGAGGAGAGAUGUGACUAACGGAGGAUUUGCUGUUCCCACACCACUGGUGCCUGCUAUCCUCUAUCCUCAGUGGAACCUAGACAUCAGAGGAAGGGACGCUACAACAACAACAACAACAACUACCCCUUAUCUUUCAUAGAGUCGGCCAAACUUUGUUACAAGUUGCACAGUGCACUAUAUUUGUGACGUAGGGUCAAGUUUAUCUGGGGUGGUGUAUUUUAUAGCAAAAGACAUCAUGUGAACAGGCAAAAUGUCACCCUCUCAUCGUGUUCUUUUCCAUUUCAUUCAUUUUUUUUUUCCAGUAGUACAGCUUAUGAGCUUUUUUGUAUGCAUCAGACAUAUAUAGAACCCACGUUUUGCUUUUAGUUGUUUUUAAGUCAGCUGUUGAUGCCAAGAUUCCCGUUUUAUUUAUGUUACGUGUGGCUGCUUUUGGAAUAGGUUUUUUUUUGUUUUUUUCACUUAAGCCGAAAGGGAUUUUCUCCUGCCUAUUGGAAAUCAAUGUAACACCAUAUGUGUCCCCUCCGAAACACUAAGGGUUAAUCAAUGCCAGAUAGCUGCCAGCUACUGUAGCUACGUACCAGUACCCAUCACAACUAGCCCUGUUCAGAUUUGCCUUACCAGAGCAUGGCAGUGUUGUAUUCUGCUCUGUCUGAAUGUGACCGUGUGCUCGUUGUCAUGUGUAUGGUAUGUACAGUACACGUGUACUGUGUGGUAUAUUGGCGUAUGUUAUCUCACUUGCAGUUUGAGUUUGAGUUUUAGCCAAAUCGUCGAUGCUGUAUUGAUUAAGCUAUAUAUUUGUGACAUUCAAUGUCUUUUAUGUUGUGAUUCUAGUUCACAAACGAAUACUGCAUUAGGGACAGUAAAACUACAGAUAGCACUGGCAAAAUUUUGUCUGUUGUUUAUGAGACACAACUAGCUCUUGGCAGAUUAGAUUUGUGUUAGGUGGCAGAGUGCGAGAAGUCUCUUCUGGCAGCUUCCUGAAGAGAUUUAGUGUGUGUGUGUGCGUGUGUGUGCGGUCAGGUUUUAAAGAGAAAUGCAGCGGAAUUCAGUAUAUUUCUUUAAACAAAGGAAAUUCAGUUCGCGGACACAGAGUGACACGAUCGAGACAGUUUCAGCUCUAUUUAUGAUCAUGAGAACCGGCCUUGUGUCGGGCUCCAGCUGGGUAGAUUCAAUAUUGUCCUCCACGGUUCUGCGUUACAGUUCUGAGUUAAUGUCACAUUUUCUUCUAAGUGUCAGCGUAGGGUAAAUACAUCCGUUCUUCAUGGGUAAUGAGGCCUAACAGUGAAAGUUCACAUAUUGAUACUGACGUUCUGUGCUCUCAUGUUUAAGUUUUUGUGCAUUUCACUGCGGCUUUGAGCAUGCAAUCACACGGUGUACAUAUUCACGUAAUGCAUUCUUACAAUGAAUUUAGCUCGCGGUUUGUGCCAUUAUUGUACCAUGGGACUGCCUCCCGAGAAACUUUUCUAUCGAUACAUUCCAGUUGGAUGCCUUGACUCAAGCCUUCUGUGACGGACUGACGGAGACGGCAGCGCUCGUGAAGCGCUGUCUCCAUGACUUUGUUCAGUGAGGACGAUUGCAGUGUCAGGACAGGACGAGGGACACGCUGGAGGCAGCGGGCUACCUACUGUGAGGGAAAACCUUUCUUACGGGCUUCGUGCGAUGGCUGGCCUUACAACAUUUCAACAUAUUUUAUAGGACAAAAGGAAACAGGCGUAUAAACCAGAAUGAGACAAUCCAUACAUAUUUUUUUUUUUUUUUCACAUAAGCUACAUCAGAACUACUCUCAGGCCUUUUCUUUGAAGGGACAAACAGAAUCCUAGGGCGUCUUUUCAAAUGGUAUGCUUCUUUCUAAUGGCACAGUCCCGCGGCCUGUAGUCACUUUCUCAGUCACAACUUCUAAGUCUAUUUAUACACACAUUUCGACACUUUGAAGGACUUAACACUAUGUUAUUUAAUUGUUACACUUUACACUAAAACACGUUAGCUGCUCCUGAUUAUGGAUGAAAACCUUGGACAGGGUGAAGGAACACUGUUAUUACUAUUAUAUACACUUUUCGUUGACGCGGCAGUAGUUUUUAUGCAGCUUUAAUAACAUGUAACCUAAAGGCAAAAAGACAAAUGGGAGACGUUGUAAUGCUUUUUUCCGGGGGAGUUGAGGGUCGGACGUUUUUUUUUUUUUUUUUGGUUUUGUUUUUUCGAAUUUCACCUCAUUCACGUCUCGGUCCUUCAAACGAACAUGCUGAUUAAACAUUCCAGUUAAAGCUUAAUCGAGAAACUUAAUUUAGGGAUGCUUGAUUUGGAAGAUUUCCCGUCGGUUAGUGUUUGUGCGAGUGGAAAGAGUGUGGAGUGACAUUUUCAUUAUUAUUUCAGAUUAACUACUGUGCAUUAAUGAGCUUGCUAUUCCUAAUCAUUGUUACCAGAAUUUGAUAUUUUUGUUGUAAUGUGGUUGCUUCACCCUGUGAUGAACUGAUCAGAAGGAUAUUGUGUGUUCAAUGUUUCCAAGUGGUUUGCCUUGUGAAAGUGAUAGUGGGUUAAAUGCUGUAAAUUUAGUCUCUUGACAAGGUGAUCGUUGAACAUGUAGUCGUCGUAAUUGGUUUUGCACUGUUACAUUGAUAUGCACUAACAGAAGAGAAACAUACCUCAUUUUCUACAGGACAUAAAUUGUGCAAGAGUGCUAUUGUUUUUUGGGUACCUUUAAAAAAAAAAAAAAAAGAAAAAAAAAAGGAAUAAUGGCCAAAAUAAUUAUUUCAUCUUGGUAGCAGUUGCUCUUAAGCCAGGUGAUUAACAUGAAUUUGUAAAAGUAUGAAAGGGCUGUUUAAACGUUUUGGCCUAAAGCGAACGAGUACAUCUGUUAAAAGGUAGUACCACUUCAAUAGAACUUGCUGCAAUUUGACAUAUUCAGGUUAGUGGUACACCUAUACCAGACUACCAGUACAAAGGCUUGAGUAGCAGCGCACAGCGAAGGAGAUGAUGAGAAAGACAUGAAUGACGAGAAACGAUUCAUGGAUGCCAACAGAGGUGUUGUUUUUUUCUACACACUAUGGAACGAAAUAUGUAGACAACUAAAAACUGGUACUCAUUUCCAUCAGCAAAAAAAUAAAAAAAACAUUGGUGUAGGUGCACCCCUAAUUCAGGUUUUUCAGACUAGUCCAUCAUUAACCAAUCUUCUCCAAGAAAACAAAAGGCUGCUUUACGAGGCUCAAGUGUUGUCAUACGUACAUGUAGCAGAGGGAAACGUUCGUUCUUGUAAGGGACACACAUCCAGAGUGCUGAACAAUCUAAAGGGAGCUCUUUUCUUUAAUGCAAUAUCAAACUCCCAGAUUUUACACAGUGAUGCAUGUAUAGUGUGGAAAGUUAGGCGGAGUAAAAAAAAAAAGAAAAAAAAUGUUAUCAUCCACUACCCCCAGGAGUAUAAUUUCCACUGUACGGCCUGUUAUGUUUAUAUUUCACGCAAAGACAAACAAUCGAAAAGGAACGCGUUUGUGAAUAUGGGAGGUUACUCAUUUGUGUUGAUUUCAAUGUUCAUCUAUUUACAUAAAUGACCAAAUAAUGUAUGUAGCCUUUCACAUUACAGUCACAUAUUGUAUAUGGUGAUAUAUAUAUAUAACAAAAUGCCUUAUAGACGAAGGGACGUUCAACCUGAUUAGAAGUUACCAGGAUAAUAAAAGACUAAGAUCAAUAGUACGUUGUCACUGUUUGUUUCGAGUCCGAACCACCGUGUGCAGCAGAGCCAGCUUAGACAAGACAAAUAACAGUAGGAAUAGUUUGCAGGCUACAUACCACACUGUUGUGUCACAACAUGGACAUUCUUCAGUUUACAGUGUAAGGCACGUAUAGUAGGUGGGGACCCCCACUUACCUACUAUACGUGUGUAUGUGUUCUAUGUUAAACUCUGCCUAGUGCUGUUUCUAAAUAUACAUUAUUAUUAUCAUUUUGCAAUUCAAUAUUAAGCCGUUCAAAUAAUGCACAGGCUCUUCAUUUUUCAUUCAUUUCAAACAACAGUAGGUUGGCCUUGCAACUGCUGUAAACACAAACAUAUCUGACAAACGUAAGUACAUCCACGGGAUUUCACCUGGGAACUAAAUGGGCUCUCCCUCCUGCAGUACCUACACAAACCCCCUAGGGGUCACAGAGGCCCCAGUGAGGACGUGUAAGGCAAAUAGGGGGAGUCCAAAAACACUGUAGACGGCAGACAGACUGGGGGUUACAGCUCAUGAGUCAUUAAACAGAAAACAAAUUACUGAGAAAGUGGGCAAUAAUUAAAUACAUACUAAACAAAUCAUAAAAGCCAUUACGAUUUUAAAAUGGAUUGAUUCCACAAAAAGAAAAAAAUUAGAAACAGAAAUUUUGACAACUGGAUUAUUAUAGUUCCAGUGAUCCACUAAUGAAGGCCGUGCGUUUUAUUAAAAGACACAUUUUUCUGUUGCUGUACUUCGUAUCUAUGUAAAGCCGGUACAGACAAAAAUAGCUAAAACAAGGAACCUAUCACAGGAAACACGCCUGAAGAUACAGAUUCUCAGCCAAGAAGUGCAGAUGCAGUCAUUCAGCAGUUGGAUCCACUCUGCAAAAAUACAGACAAACCAAGACCUGUGCGUCCAAAGGUUUCUUCAGCAAGGAACGACAGCAUCCUGAUCCACAUGUGCAGGGAAAACCACCGAAUGGCAUCACAGGAGCUGCAACAGCAGCGCUCCACCCGCACUGAACGUGUUCGACUCUUAGAUCAUGGCUUAAAAAGCUCCUGAUCAACGGGAGGCAGAUGUUAGCCCAGCCUCAAUGGGGCCAAGCACACAAGAACUGGACAGUCAGGAACUGGAAGAACAUUCUGUGGUCAGAUGAGUCCAGGUUCCAGCUGUAUCUUCCCGCUGCUGAUGUGAGGGUACGCAGAAGAGGCUGUGCACGUCUAAUGUUUAUUAUUUUCUACUCAUUCCUAAAGAAAGUAGUUUUUAAAGUGACAUGAAAACAAGAAAAUUUCACAACCGUUCUUCAUUUUGGGCAAACAAAAAGCACCAGUCAUACUGCUUCCAACUUUUUUUGUCAUUUAAUCAAGCUUCAUCGACCGGUUACAACAGGUGUGUGGGUAAAGAUUGUGCGAUGUGAGUCCAAGUACAUGCAUGACAGUCCUGGAUGUGUAGAAGUGGUCAAACCGAAGGUUCAAGAAGCUUUUCUUUUUUUUUUUUUUUAAUUAAAUGAAAAAAUAAAUAGCAUUGAAAUGACUGAACAAAAGU